CUAGAUGCAAACGUGGAAUUGCUGCAUGCACACUUCUUGCUAACCAAGAGGGCUUGCUGGCUUCUCCAGUUAGAUCCGUGGCCACAAGGGAAAAACAUAGACAACUUUAAAGUAAACUGCACUGGGGACCGGAAUUUGAGACUGGGAUGUGUCAGGAAAUGCAAACCUGAGAAAGUUUGGAAGGAAAGAUGUGCAACGUAAGGCUGUCCGUUUUCUUCAUUGCACUUUCUGUCACUCUGAGCUGUUUGGAAGCUACACCUAUUGAGAGAUUACUGUCUGUGGCUGAUGAUCUAUCUGAUGGUACUUCCAAGAGACAAGGAUGGAUGUUGCCUGUAAUGUCACAGAAUUCACUUUCAGCACUUAGAGAGGAAAUGCCAGAACACCCAGCAGCAAAGACAAAAAGCCACCAGCUGGAGAAAAGGAAAUGCAACACAGCCACGUGUGUGACACAGCGCCUGGCCGACUUCCUGGUGCGCUCCAGCAGCAGCCUGGGGGCCCUUUACCCACCCACCAACGUGGGCUCCAACACCUAUGGCAAGAGGGACACAGCAGGGCUGCCAAGCACACAGCCCCAAAACCGUGCACGGCUCUAGGGCAUUGAGGUGGCUCUUGAGAAGCUCAGUUUUUAAUGUAUCAACAACCUCCUGGUCGUUUAUUACUUGUACAGUCUUAGCAGUGCCUUGUUCUCUGUGUGUGUGUGUGUGUGUGUGGGUAUGUGAUUUAUGUUCACCAUUCCACUGUGCAUGUACAAGGACAUGCAUAGGCUACUCUUUCAACUCCACUAAGAGCUCCAGAAAUCUGCUUGGUAAAUUCCUUUGUAAAAAUCCACCAUGAUAAUAAAUGGAAAAGUAAUUGCAACAAGGGUUUUUUAAAUCAUCAUUAUUAUUAUUAAAAGGAUGAAAAAAUAA